AUGAGGAUUGAGGGUGCGCUCGAGAUUGGUGGUGGCGGAGGGCGAGGCCGAAGAAAGAGACAACACGGCCAGAGCGUGCACCCAAGGUUGGUGGUAGCGGAGAGGGAUAUGGAUAUGGAAGAUGAGGAAGAAUUGAAGAGGAUGUGUGCUAAUACAGCUGUCUACGCUGUGGUCACUUUGGUAACAUGUAUCUUGAGAAUGCGUGCUAAGCGCAAGAGAAUAUCAAAUUGUACGAAGCAAGAAAAGAUCAGAAAAAUAUAUUGUAGAGAGGCUCACUUCAGACGUGUACUGGAGGGCUAUCAAGAUAGCUGCCAAUCUUAUAUUAGAAUGAGACCGAGGGCCUUUUUUAAACUUGUUGAAGUAAUGAAAGCAAACGGUUUAUUAAAAGAUACAAGACACGUUCAAGUUGAAGAACAGCUUGCUAUGUUCCUAAGUAUUGUUGGGCACAAAACUAAAAAUAGAAUAAUAAGAACUGAGUUCAUAAGAUCAGGGGAAACAGUGAGCAGGUAUUUCAAUAAAGUCUUGUCUGCAAUGAAUGGAUUACGUGAUCGGUACAUGAAGCAAGCCCCAAAAGAAGUUCCUGAGGAGAUUGCAAACAACUCAAAUUAUUUUCCGUACUUUAAGGACUGCAUUGGUUUGAUAGAUGGCACACACGUCGACGCGGUGUUACCUAGUGACCUAGUUGCACGGUUUAGAGGGCGAAAAGGGGUGACCCAAAACAUCUUAGCAGCCUGCACCCCCAAUAAACUAUUUACUUAUGUCUUGGCUGGCUGGGAGGGGGCAGCAAAUGAUUAUAGGGUAUUACAAGACGCCCUGUCUAGGCCACAGCCUUACGGGCUCCGAGUUUACGAUGGUAAAUAUUACUUAUGUGACGCUGGAUACACGACAAUGCCAGGUUUCAUAUCCCCAUAUCGCAGUGUCCGAUAUUAUUUAAAAGAGCACACCGGUAGGACACCAAAGAAUAGGAAGGAGUUGUUCAAUUUAAGGCAUUCAUCUUUAAGAUCAAAAAUUGAAUGCACAUUUGGGAUACUGAAGAAUCGGUUUAAAAUUCUUUCUGCGAAGUCGAAUUAUCCAUUUCCCACUCAAGUGGACAUUGUACUAGCGUGUACUGUGUUGCACAACUUUAUUGCCUUGGAGGAUCCGGCUGAUGAUAUUUUCAAUGAAAAUGUUGAAAUUGAUGAAGAUACUGGGGAAGAGACAAAUGAAGACGAUUCAAAUAUGGUGGACUAUACUCAAAGUAGGACACAAAGAGAGGAUCGAGAUGUUAGAAAUGAAUGGAAGGAGAUGUGA